AUGAUGGAGAAUAAUAAUGAUAUAACAUCAUCAACAACAGCAGGAGUAGGUGAUCCGACACCAACAAUAGAAGAUAGUAAUAUUAAAACAAAGUCAGCUGACAGUAAUGGUAACAGUACGACUACGACUACGACUACGAGUAAUUUCAUCGAAUUAACUUCACUUAAUAGUAAUGGAGAAGCAAUCUUGAAAAAUAGUAAUAAUGAACAACAACAACAACAAGAUAAUGGACAACAAGAAGAAGAGGAAAUAGUUGAUCCAUUACAAAUCGAAAAAGAGAUGGAAUCAACUCCUACAACAACUUCACCAUUAUCAAUGUCUACUCCUCCAAAAGAUGAUUAUUUAUUAAAAGACAAUAAUAAUAAUACAAUUAAUAAUAAUACUGUUACAUCAUCAACACAACCAAUAGAAAUUAGAAAUAAUAACGAUAAUAAUAAUAAUUUUAAUAAUCGAUUUCCAGAAGUAGAGAUUGAUGAAACAAGUGAAAUUAAUAAUGUACAAGGAUUGUUGAAUCAAAUGCCACAAGAUCCAUAUCUUACAAGUGACUAUGACAUUGACCCAAUAUUAAAAGAACAGAUUAUGGAAGCUGACAGAGUACAAAUGGAAAAAGAGUAUAAUGCAACACCUGUCAUUGAUCAUCUUGUAUUCAUUGUUCAUGGUAUGGGAAAUCAAACCAAUUCAGAAAGUAAAAUAUCAGUCUUGGAACAAAAUGUUGACUUGUUAAAAAAGAAUUUUAAUUUAUCACAACAAAAAGGAUCAACUCAACAAUUAAAUGUAGAGUUUAGAAUCAUUGAAUGGCAUUCAAAAAUUAGAAAAGGAACGUUGGAUGAAGACUUGGACAAGAUUAAACCAGACAAGGUCGAGAAACUAAGAGGAUUUAUCAACGAGACGUUGUUUGAUAUCAUGUUGUACAUGACACCCGACUAUCAUCAAGAGAUUCUUAAAGAGGUUAGUUCACAAAUCAACCAAAACUACAAGAUCUUUCUAGACUAUCAUCCAAAGUUUAGAGGUUUGGUCUCGAUAUUUGCACAUAGUUUGGGUAGUGUCAUCAUGUGGGAUGUCUUGUCUCGUGGACUGUUGAAAUUCAAUGUCGAGAAUGUAUUUGCACUUGGCAGUCCAUUGGGUCUGUUCCUACGACUGAAUGGCUAUGAAUUGGGUAAACUCGAUAUGAAGAAACAUCUACCCAACGUUUACAAUUGGUAUAAUAUCUUUUCAUCAACUGAUCCCGUGUCCUAUCGAAUUGAACCAUUCCUCGAUUUGAGAUACCUCAAAAUGAAACCACUCCCCAUUCAAAUGUUUCCAGAAAUCAUUGCACGUAAACUAUCAUCAACUUCACCACCAUCUACCAUUCCCAUUGGUUCCUCUGCCAAUUCGGCUAAUGGUAGACCUGCCUCCCCUUCAAGUACACCACCAUCAUCCAAUUGGUUUAGUGGUAUGUUUAGUUGGAAAUCAACUCCUACCACUCCAACCAAUACUCCUCCUUCUCAAACUAAAAAUAAUCACACUAAUAAUAAUAGUAAUAAUAAUAAGGUUGGUAAUGAUAAUGGUGGUGAACCUCUUUUACCACAACCAUCAUCAACACCACCAAAAAAUGAUGUUGAUAGUUUAAAUAAUAGUCCUUUAUCAAAAUCAUUGGAUGAUAAUAUUAAACUCAAAUCAGAUAAUAAUCAAAGUAAUAAUAAUACAACCGAUAAUAAUAGUAAUCAAACAACUCUAUUUGAAAUGGAAAUGAAACCAACCGAAUCAACCGAAUCAAUCGAAAACCAACCAGAAAUAAUUAAAACAACAGAAGAAAAUGCACAACCAGAUAUUUUAAUCACUGAUACCAAUAAUAGUAAUAAUUCAACCUAUAAUAAUAAUGAAUCAUUUAAAGAAAAUGAUGAAAUGGAAAUGGAUAAAGACAAGAUUGGAGAAUUGAUAGAGAACCCUAAAAUCAAACAUAUUAAAUCACAUCCAUUGGAAUUAUCACCUCAAUCAAAUGGUAGCGAAUCACCAUUGUAUAUACCUUUUGUUCCAAUCAAGAAACCCCAACAAGAUGAACAACAACAACAACAAUAUAAUAAUAAUAAUAAUAAUGUAAAUAAUGUAAAUAAUAAUAGUAAUAAUAAUAAUCAAAAUAAUGAAGAACAACCAAAACAACAUUGGGUAAUUGGAGAAAGAGAAUUAAAAAGACAUGAUUUUGUAUUGGAAGAGGGAGGUACUAUUUGGAGAUCUGGAUUACCAUCAUACUUGGUAUCAAUCUUUUCACACAUGUCGUAUUGGGAUAGUAAAGGAGUUGCCAAUUUUUUGGUUCAUAGUCUUGCUUUAAAGUUUCCUAAACUCGCCGAACUAAGUUACCAAAGAAAAAAGGAUGUUGAAAAAGGAUUUGGUUUCCUAGUCCAACAAAAUACCUUUCAUCAUCGAAACUCUAUCAUUAGUAAUAAUAAUGGACAUACCAUGUCUGCUACAACUACAACUACUACUAUGAAUACCACUGCAUCUAUUAUGAAUGGUAAUAAUAAUAAUUAUUUUGAUACUGAUACAGAUUAUACUUUAUAA